GUCCGCUUCCGCGCCCACUGGCGACCAGCAUUCCCUGAGAGCACCGGGAUGGAGUAAAGCGCAAGGCCGAUUUGAUGGAAGAAGUGCAGACUGUGUCUGACUCUGCGGAGCCUUUGGAAGAUGAGGAACAGGACGUUUCAUCGACAUCGCUUACGAGGAAAGUGAACCCUGAUGGCACCGUGGAACAGGUCGACACGAUCAGGUGGGCACUGUAUGAAGCCACCGAUGUUGUUGUGCUUAAGCGCUUGGGUAGGCUUGAGGGUCUGUGUUGGGUGUAGUUCCUCCGCAGACACCCUCGUG